AUGAAGCUGAUCCUCCUCGCUCUCGCCUUGCUGAUGGCCUUCGUCGCCGUCGCGAUGGCCCAGGCCGCCUCGCCCGCCGUCGCCGUGUCCGGAGAGAUGCCCGGCCCAGUUCCCACCAAAGCAGACGUCGAACAACUCGUCGGCCACCCGAUCAGCGAUGAGGAAUGGAACAAGCAGGUGAGCCUGGACCCGUCGCCCGCGGUCCUGUUGGGUUCCGGCGACCCCAGCAACGCCGACUCUUCGCCCGCCUCCACCCUCCACCCCUUCGUCUUCGUCUUUCUUCUCUUCGUCUUCGUUCCUCUCUUUGAUUUUUAA